AUGCGCUCUCUCCUCGGCCUUCUUUUUCUCCUGUUUGUCCAGAUCACCUCCGCCCUGAAAUUCGACCUCUCUGCCGUGAGCGGGAAGAAUGAGCGAUGUAUACGCAACUUUGUUUUCAAGGACCAGCUCGUGGUCGUCACGGCCAUUGUGAGCGGCAAUAAGGGUGAUGGCCAGGUCGUUAACAUGCAUAUCAAGGAUGCAUUGGGCAACGACCACGGUCGUCCCAAGGAUAUUGAGGGCGAGACUCGCCAGGCGUUCACCUCUCCCGCUGAUACUGCAUUCGACGUUUGCUUCGAUAACCAGCUCACCACUCGUAAAGCCAUGGCAAACCCCUACAAGUCCAUUGAGCUUGAUGUCGACAUCGGUGCCGAUGCCCGUGAUUGGUCCAGCAUCCAGGUUCAGGAGAAGCUCAAGCCCGUCGAGACUGAUCUCCGCCGUAUCGAGGAGAUGGUGGCCGAGAUUGUCAGCGAGAUGGAGUACCUGCGGGCUCGCGAGCAGAAGCUGCGCGACACCAACGAGAGCACGAACGAGCGUGUGAAGUGGUUCGCUUUCGGUACUAUGGGCAUGCUGGUUGGAUUGGGUGCUUGGCAGGUCGUUUAUCUGAGGGCUUACUUCAGCUUGCUUCUGGAAUCGUCACGACAAUUGACUACACAAGCGAUAACAGAUCCUAGUGUCAACCAGAACGAUCGCGCACCGUCCACGGCCCCAGAGCACCGCAAGAACCAGACGAAUAAGCCUCCCAAUCCCAAUGUUCCCAACACGACUUCCACCAUGACCAAGGAUUUCCCCAAGGUGGGUGCGAAGUCUGCACCGCCGGAGCUUCUGAACUCGGUCGACCCGAACUACAAGCCGGCGGAUCCGUACCCCGGAAAAGUCGAGCACUAUACCGGAGGUAGACAGGAGACUGGGGCCCAGAAGCCAGAACUCGGAGUCGGUGAGAUGGAGGGUAUCACCUUCAAGGUGGAGCCGCUGCGUCGGUCUGGCGAAGAUGUGACUACCAUGAGGGCUCGGUUGCUGUACCAGAGCCGGAAGCGCGGUAUUCUUGAGUCUGAUCUUUUGCUGUCUACUUUCGCCAAUGUCUAUCUGGCCGACAUGAGCAAGGAGCAGUUGCAGGAGUACGACCGGUUCCUUGACGAGAAUGACUGGGACAUUUACUACUGGGCUACGCAGGAUCCUCCGGCCGAAGGUGCGGAGAGUGCUGCUUCGUCUACUGAUGCGGGUGCUCAGGAUACGCCCACGGAGACGUGGAAGCGUACCGGAGCCAAGAGCGGCGAGUGGGCGCAGACAGUUGGUGCUUUCAAGGCUGCAUACCGGCCCGUUCCGGCACGAUGGGCCGACUCGAAUGUGCUGCGACUCCUGCGUGAUCAUGUGCGGGAUAACAGUGCCACGGGAUUCCAUGCAGCGAAGAGCAAGCGGACGGGAGGAGCUGGACUGGGACGGAUGCCGAAUGUUCAGGUACUCAUCAUGGCUGAGCAGCUGGUCCUUCGCGGUACCCUUGAGGGUCACAAUGGCUGGGUUACCUGCCUGGCUACCUCUCUGGAGAACCCCAACAUGCUCCUCUCCGGCAGUCGCGACAAGACCCUGAUCAUCUGGAACCUGACCCGCGACGAGCAGGCCUACGGUUACCCCAAGCGCAGCCUUGAGGGUCACUCUCACAUCGUCUCUGACUGUGUGAUCUCCUCCGACGGUGCCUACGCUCUGUCCUCCUCCUGGGACAAGUCCCUCCGUCUGUGGGAGCUCUCCACUGGUGAGACCACCCGGACCUUCGUCGGCCACACCAACGACGUUCUCUCCGUUUCCUUCUCCGCCGACAACCGCCAGAUUGUCUCCGCUUCCCGUGACCGUUCCAUCAAGCUCUGGAACACCCUCGGUGACUGCAAGUUCACCAUCACCGAGAAGGGCCACACCGAGUGGGUUUCCUGCGUCCGCUUCAGCCCCAACCCCCAGAACCCCGUUAUCGUCUCCGCUGGUUGGGACAAGCUUGUCAAGGUUUGGGAGCUCGCUUCCUGCCGUCUCCAGACCGACCACAUCGGUCACACCGGCUACAUCAACGCCGUCACCAUCUCCCCCGAUGGAUCCCUCUGCGCCUCCGGUGGCAAGGACGGCACCACCAUGCUCUGGGAUCUCAACGAGUCCAAGCACCUCUACUCCCUCCACGCCGGUGACGAGAUCCACGCCCUCGUCUUCUCCCCCAACCGUUACUGGCUCUGCGCUGCCACCUCCAGCAGCAUCACCAUCUUCGACCUCGAGAAGAAGAGCAAGGUUGACGAGCUCAAGCCCGAGUACAUCGAGAAGGGCAAGAAGUCCCGCGAGCCCGAGUGUGUCAGCUUGGCCUGGAGCGCUGACGGCCAGACUCUGUUCGCUGGUUACACCGACAACAAGAUCCGUGCUUGGGGUGUCAUGUCGAGGGCAUAG